CGGUGAGCUCGAUCGGUUUUAGACUCUAAAAUUACCGCCUUUAUUACAUGACAUUAAUUAUUUCGUCCGACCUUCUUACCCGAAGAGAGAAGGUCUGGAUAAUUUAUAAUCAAUCUAACAGAGACUGAAAUAGUUGUUAUAUAGCUAGUGAAUGUUUUAUAGAUGUUUAAUGUCAGCUUUGGCUACACUGAACGUCCAGUAAAAAAGUUUUGAGUACGCAGUCGACUGUACAGUCUGCGAUCUAUUUAUAUCCAAAAACAUUCAAUAAACAGCGCAAUGCCGUUGGAUCUGGGAAUGUACGACAGUCGUGCGGAUUAUAAAUCCCAAAAGCAAUGUCAAAAAACCUCGUUUGCGUUUUAUCAGGCUGUACGGGACCUGUUACCGGUGUGGGUCCUGGAGGACAUGCGGACAAUGGAGGUGUUUCACUGGGAAGAGGACGGACGGGCGUGCGCGUAUUCCCCGUCGGAGGCUUUUCUGUACGCGCUGGUGCACGAUCACCAGCAGUACGCGCGUUACCUCCUAAAUAGAUUCUCCGUGCGCGCGCUGGAGAUGCCCAGCAGAAGUUUCUGCUGCUGCCAGGCAUCCACCUCACCGCACCUCGCCAUUGCCGCCCGCUACAAUCGCAUCAACAUCCUCAAAAUGAUCAUGGGCACCAUCAAAGACUUCACAGACUGCGAGAGGCAGAGUUAUCUGAACCGGCACGGGUGUUUCCACACGGACGGCAGCAAGACCGCGCUGCAUCUCGCGUGUGAUCUGGUGCGCCCGGAGUGUUUGAUAUUGUUGCUUGGACACGGCGCGUCUCCUUACGCAACCGACGUGGCGGGGAACACACCCCUGGACGGUUUACUCAACCAGAUCUGCCAGAGUGACUUUGACAUGCGGAGUAAGCACAUUUGCCUAGGCUACCUCAUUUUAUUUAUGCCCAAAUUUCGUUUCCAGACGAAGAGACAGUUGCUGGACAAUGCAGAUAUGUGGAAGAACCUCAUUGGAGAGCAGGCGUUCCGCUGGCUUUCUGGAUCAUCACCUCCUUCGUUGUUUGUUCAGGCCAUGCAGAAGCUCAGCCAACAGUCCAUACCCAUAGAGCAACUGAACUCGCUGCCUGAGUUUCUGAAGCCUCUUGGCUUCAGACUGGAUCAAGCUUAAUGCUAACGGAAUAAUGCACGUUGUUUGACUCCUGUAGUUGUCUUGAAAUAUUCAGGCUAAAAUGUAUGUUGAGAAUUAUUUGUACAUAUGUGAAUAGUUUGGUGCACACGUGGAUGCUGUCCAUUGCCAGGACAUCUGUAAAAAAAUUAAAAAAU